AUGCGCUACACUACUCCGAUGAAUCUGUGGCGAAACACAUCUGAAGACACUGCUGUUGGAUCCUAUGUGAUUCCUAAAGGAACCACCAUUACAGCUCAGAUCUCUCUUAUUAUGACUGAUGAGAAAUACUUCAAGAACCGGAACGAGUUCAAUCCCGACCGCUAUCUAAAUGGUAACAAGCUGGAUCAAAAGGUGGUUCCCUUCGGUCUGGGAAAAAGAUCAUGUCUCGGAGAGUCGCUUGCUCAAGCGGAAUUAUAUCUGGUGAGGUUUAUAAUUAUCACAAAACUACAGUCGCUUUUCUGCUCACGCUCGUGGCUUUGUUUAGACGCCAGCUCGCAGCCUGUCAUAUGCGGAACUGUUGAAGCAGCUCAAGUGACAACGAUCGGUCCGAAAAGCGUGCUGGAGCUGCGUGCAAAUACCGUCCCGAUCACGAACCGCCCAGCGUCUGCAAGUGAAAAUGACCGUAUUUAUGGGCCGACUAGGUCGCAAAAACAUACCAUGUCACUUUUCAAGAUCAUCGCCAACAUUCUGCUUCGUUACAAUAUCAAUGCCGAUCCUUCACACAUGCCAAGCAUGAAAGCCAUGAAUGACUUCCGAGCCAUCAGAAAGCACAAGCCUUAUCAGCAUUCAAUUUGA